AUGGCAGAGUUAUGGCAAGAAACAAUAGAUUUGCGUCAACUUUUUGCAAUCAUUGCAACAGGCCUGGUCAUUCAGUUGACAAUUGCUGGAAAGUUACAUGGCUAUCCAGAUGAUCUCAAGAAGAAUGUAUGGCAGAAAGGGAGAGGAGUUGCAGCUGCUGCUCAACAAACUAAGACAAGCACUGAUGCUGCUCAAGAAGAUCACUCAGAUAAGGUUUCUGGCAAUCAAAACUCAAAUUUAGAUGUUGAUGCUCAGGCAAACUUAGCAGGUAAAUUUUGUCUUACUACCUCUCUAAAUGUUGGUUGGUCAGUUGAUAGUGGUGCUACAGAUCACAUUUGCACUAAUUUGAACAUGUUUACUAGUUUCAAAGAACUCCAUGGCAUGAACAAUACUAUUACUAUUCUAGAUGGCAGUAAGAUUAGUGUCCUGCAUAUUGGAACUGUGACUUUAAAUGGUGAUAUACAGUUGAAAAAUGUACAGUAUGUUCUUACUUUCAAGUUCAAUUUUCUAUUUGUUCCCAAUUUAUGCAAGGAUAUGAAGUGUAAAGUUUUGUUCACACAUGAUGCAUGUUUUGUUCAGGGCCAUUAUCAGAGUUCAAUUCUUCUUGGUAAACUACAUGUUGGUUUAUACUAUGUGGAAGAUCAGAAGUGUCCUGGAAAUUUUUCUUUGUCUAGUAAUUUUCAUACAAGUUGUAAUAAUACUAGUUGGAAUCAAGCUAGUAGAAAUGCCACUAAGAUAGCAGAAUUAUGGCAUCUUAGGUUAGGCCAUUUACCUUUUCAUAACUUCAAACAUGUAUUACCUUGUCAUAUUAAGGACUGCACUGACAGUAUAUUAUGCAAGGGUCCUUAUAAAGAUCGAAAAUAUAAUGGAUAUAAUCAAUUUUUUACUAUUGUUGAUGAUUACACUAGAUACACUUGGGGUGAAAUCAUCCUUUGUGCAGCAGACUUGGUCAAUAAAAUGCCAGUCAAGAGCAUACAGUACAGUACACCUUAUCAAAAGCUUCAUAAUGUUCUUGCUUGUAUUGAACAUCUGAGAUCCUUUGGUUGUCUCUGCUAUUACUCUACAUCAAAAGUUUACAGGAGUAAAUUUGAUGCUAGAGCUUCCCCAGGGGUGUUUAUUGGAUAUUCUUUACAUCAAAAAGGAUACAAAGUGUUGGAUCUUACUACUUACAAGAUUCACAUCAUUAGGGAUGUUGUUUUCCAUGAGCAUCACCUUCCUUUUCACUUCAAAGACUCAAAUACUACCUCUCCUAUUCUUUUCCUACCUAAGUACACAACUUCUCAUAUUGACAUUCCUGAGUCUCCUCACACUUUUUCUUCUCCUACAGAAAUUCAUCAUCACAACACUUCUUAUUCUUCACCUGAGAGUUCACAUACGGAUUCUUCUUCUGUACAUUCACCUGUACCUUCACCUGUUUUUGUUCCUAUAAAUAAGACUACCUCUCAGGUUCAUCCUGCUCCACCUCUCAAGAAAAUAACUAGAGUUUCUAAAGAACCUUCCUGGAUGAAAGACUACAAGUGUUAUUCAUCCAGGAGUCAUUGGUGCAAUCCGAUUUCUUUCAACUCUCUUCCUGCUAAGUCAAAAUCUAACAUAGUUGCUGCUGCUCAGUUGAUUGAACCUAUUUCUUACUUAGAGGCCUCGUAA